CAAUGAAUAACAACAUUAUCUCGCCGAAUCUUCCACCCACCCACCUGCGCCAGCUCUAAACAAGGCUGCGGCUGCGGCGGCGGCGGGUGAGCUCAAGCACAGCCGAUCGAUCCCAAGAGAGCAGCCAUGGCGGGGGACGGCGAGGAGGAGCCGCCGGCGACGGGCGGCGGCGGCGACAAGCUGGUCCUGCGCGGGCUGCAGUUCCACGGCUUCCACGGCGUGAAGCAGGAGGAGAAGAAGCUGGGCCAGAAGUUCGUGGUCGACAUCGACGCCUGGACGGACCUCGCCGCCGCCGGGGACUCCGACGACAUCUCCCACACCGUCAGCUACACCGACAUCUACAGGAUAGCCAAGGGCGUGGUGGAAGGCCCGUCGCGGAACCUGCUGGAGUCGGUGGCUCAGUCGAUCGCCGCCUCCACGCUGCUCGAGUUCCCCCGGAUCUCCGCCGUCCGGGUCAAGGUCGGCAAGCCCCACGUCGCCGUGCAGGGCGUCGUCGACUACCUCGGGGUGGAGAUACUCAGGCGCAGACAAGCGUGAGCACAAGAGCCUCAUACGACAAGCCUCAGCAGAAUUAAUCUCAGCUGAGCCGAUCCAUCUCCUUGCCCUCCUAUAUCUAUGUAUAUGAACAACAUGUGUUGAUUGCGCAAGUCGAACAAGAAUCAUGAGCAGAAUAAUUUCUGAACUGGGA